UACUUUAAAAACGCAUAGAAAAGGAAUUAUUAUCUUUAUAAUGUUUAUAGAAAAUAUAAAUAAGCAAUGAUAUCCCCUUUAUUAUAGCGAAGUAUAUACGCUACUGAAAUCAGCUGAUACUUUUGAUUAUGUGCAAGCAAAAUAGUUUAAAAACUAAAUUUGAAGGAUCUGAUAAUCUGAAUAUUGAAUAUGCGCAAAUAAGUAUAACGAGCUAAUUUAGAGCCAAACGCCGAUAAUCAGAGCGCAAUCUUUUUCUUCAAAUAAAUGAUUUAUGAAUUGUUUCGGUCUCUUAUUUAGAUUGUCAUUAGUAGUUGUCAAAAUAAUUUAUUUACAUUUUUCUUUGUAACAUAUAUACAUAAAAUGCCUACUCGUUGCGUUGCUAUUGGAUGUAGAAACACCGCUAGUCCUAGCGGAAAAACUGCAGCGCAAAUGAAAUUUGAGAAAGUAAUGAAAAUAACGUUUCACUCAUUUCCUUCCAAUCCUAUUAGAAGAGCGGAAUGGAUAAGAAUAAUGAAACUUGAAGACAAAAAUAUUACUACUAGAAGUCGUCUUUGCUCUCUUCACUUUAAGGAAAAAUAUAUAGACCGUACAUCUUUAGUAUAUGUAAGAUUGAGAGAAAAUGCCAUUCCACAUAUAUUUGAGGAAACAUUCUAUGACAAUGUAACAGCUAUAAAAUGUGAAAGAAAUACAUUACCUGCACAAUUAGAUAAAACAACAAUUCUAGCUGACCCUUUAAAUAUAAAGAUGGAAAUGAAUGAUAGUUUUAAACGAGAUUCUGUUAUCCAUUCAGUAUGUGACAAAGAAACAAAUACAUCGCCUUCCUUAUCGCAAAAAUUGCGAAAAUCAACUGAGAACAAGGAAACAAGAAUUUCACCUGAAAGAAUAUGGAACAUGAAUUCCUCCAAUAUGGAAGCAAUUAGACAAGAAAGAUGGACAGAAAUUAAAAAUUUACGUAAACAAAUACAAGCUUUACAGAAAAAAGUCUGGCAAAAACAUAAAAAAAUUGUGAUUAUGAAAACUAUUUUGGAUGAAUUAAAAAUAGAUUAUUUAAUCAGUGAUUAACACAAAGUCUCUACCUCUAUUUCUUUCUUUCUAAUAAUACUGAAUAUUUCACAUAUAAAAUUAGCUUUCUCCAUUAUGUUUUAAAAAUCAGAUAAAUAUAUAUUUCAUUAAUUUUGAA